CCUUGCUCUCCCACCCCUUUCAUCCGCCUCCUCCCCCUUCCUCCCCCCGCUCACCAUAGUGAUGAAACCAACGGCAACGCCAGUCACCACCAGGUCCCUCUUCUCACUGCAGCUCGUCAGUCUCUACCGCAUCCUCUCCCUCCCUUCACCUCCCGCUCGCCAUCCGGAGGCUUCCUCCGCUGUAAAGAGAAGUUUCCGCCAGAGUGGUCGAGGUCGUCGCCAGUUGCUCGCAGACGAUAUCUAGCGCUCAGUUUUACAACCUUGCCUCCUCAUUACCCCCGUCUCUUCUCCCUCCUUCCCUCUUUUCCUUCUCCUUCCUCCAUCCCUUCGCUUCUUCCCUCCUCCUCUCCCCUCC